AUGCGGUCGCAAUUGACUCGCCAUGUCUUGCGCCGCCUGCGUGCCCACCAGGGCCCCGGCCUGCAGCCGCUAUGCCCGACCACGAGACCGUCUCUGCGCAGACAUCCCCUCGCCCACCGCGUCGUCCGGCCGGUCCAGCGGAGGACCUUGUUCGGCAUGUUCCAGAAGGCCCCCCGUAUCCUCAAGGAGCCCGAGAUUGAGCCCGGCUUCGAGUCGCUGCUGAAGUACGGCGCCCACAUAAAAGAGAACCUUCGCCCGCCGCCCAGGGAGGAGCUGGCCAAGGCAUUCCGCGACUUCUUCAGACACAAGAAGCUGAAGCGCCGCCCCGUCAAUGCUCUCGAGGCCCGCCUUGCCCACCAUGUGCUCAACCACCUCAGCGAAUCCCUCGAAGACGACUCUGCUUUCGGCCUGGGCAUCCCGGAUCUGCGAACGGCACAGGAUGCUCUCAGGAUAAGGCCGAGGGAUGACCCCACCGAGCUGGUCGAGCUCUCCAAGGCUCUGUUCCUCGGCAUCCGCAAACGUUCCGAGAGACAUCAGGGGCGAGGCCAGUCUCGGGGUGGCCCGGCAAGUCAGGGCCAGCGAGGCGAGGCGGUCGAUCUAGUCCUCGAUACAGCGGGGUUAUUGAGAGUCCUGACACAGUAUGGGCGGUCGAUGGAGGCGAUGGAUCAUCUGCUGAGCAACUGGGACAAAUUCAUGCAACAUGGCGAAGUACGGUACGGCCGGAGGAAGGCUCUGUGGAUACCCGUGCUGCGAGGCUUGGCAGAGGAGGGCAGAGAGUCAGAACUCCUGCGCCUGCGACAAUCCUUUGAAUCAAAAGCGAGUCUGGAGUUCGGGCGCAGCGUACACGAGAUCAUGACGGUCUUCUACGCACGGCAGGACAACCUGGACAAAAUGAAGAAGUGGUUCAACCGACCGAUCGAGCCCGAAGGCUCGUAUCUGGAAGACCGAGCGCAAGAAGACCUGGACAAUGCUGAUUCGACAGAAACUACGCCAGGAGUCACACCCACUCAGCGGACGUACUCGGAGGUGUUCCUGUGUGCCAUCAGGAACGGAGACCGCGACUGGGCGGUGGGCCUGUAUCAGGACUUGGCCAACAACCUCGAAGCGCUCGCCAACACGCACUACGCCGAGGAAGCUGUGCAUCUUAUAUACCGCUUCGCCGUCCUGUUGCUCGGAAAGGGACCCGAGCACAUUGAGCGCAUGGUCACGAGCAACCCUGAUCCCAAGUUCCGACCAAAUAUGAAUAUCAUCAACGCGCUUAUCGAAGCUGCCAUGGAUAAAGGCGAUCCGUACCUCGCCGAGAGGAUGACGGCUCUCGUUUCGCGGCUGGGGCUCGAGCCCGAUCGCAGAUUCUUCAGCCUUCAGGUGCAAUACAGAAUACGCGCAGGAGACGUGGACGGCGCCUUCACGGCCUUCCAUUCGCUACAGGACUUUGAGGGCGACGAGGGCGACUGGCCGGUCCUCAACAAGGUGAUUCGUGACCUGUGUGCACUUCCAGAGCCCAACUAUGACCGAGUACUGGAAAUCACAAGCUAUUUGGAGCAGCUCUCGGCCACACUAGAGCCAGAUACGGUGGUGUCGCUUUGCAUAGCGUUCCUCAACAACGACGAACAAUACGAGGUGAUCGAUACCCUGUCACUACAUACGGUCAAGUUCAGCGCCGAGGAGCGCGCGCUGGUGUCCAAGGCCUUUGUGGGUUUCUGUUUGGACAAAAACAACAGUACCGCAAGAGUGUGGGAUGCCUAUGCACUACUGCGUCAAUUCUUCCCGGACACAGCGCUGGAGGACCGGGUACAGAUCAUGGAUGCCUUCUACGCCAGGAAGAGGGCAGACAUGGCUGCACACGUCUUCGGCCACAUGCGCCAGCACAGCAACCACAUAUACCGUCCGACCCUGGACAUAUACGUCCGGGCCCUCGAGGGCUUGGGGCGCUGUCCCGAUCUCGAGAGUCUGAAGAUGAUCCACAACAUGCUGAAGAUGGACACCACCAUACAGCCGAACACGAGGCUCUACAACGCCCUGAUGAUUGCGUACACGGCAAGUGACGAAAUUGACAGGGCGCUGGACUUCUGGAAGGACAUUGACAACUCCAUCGAGGGCCCUUCGUACCAGUCCCUGGAGAUCAUCUUCCGGACGUACGAGGCCACGCCGUAUGGCAUCGAGCCGGCACAGCAGCUCUGGGCCAAGCUCAACACGAUGGAGAUCGACAUCCCACCCAAGGUUGCGGUGGCGUACGCGGCAGCGCUGGCUAGCCACAGCCUUGCCGAGGAGGCCAGGACGAUCCUCGAGGAGAUGGAGGCCGAGGUGGGAGAACGGCCUAACUUCCAGGCGUAUGUCUGCCCCCUUUCCAGUCCUUUCUCUUUUACUCCGUCUGCACGCGGACCACGAUUUGCUGACCCAUCUGCGCGUGCGUAUAGCCUCGGCGUCGUCUACAACGCUCUGCCCAACGACGACUUCAAAGACGCCUUCGAGGCCUGGGCCACCACGGAGUUCCCGCACGCCUGGAAGGAGUUGAGCAAGAAGAAGAGGAGGCGGGACGCCGAGGGCUUCCGGACGUUCCAGUUCCUGCGGCCGUGGAAGGCCUGA